AUGAUAAUGUUUUUGCCAAGACUACUUAUCAGAUGCCAUAGCGGGUUAAGUAUGGAAUCCAUCAUGAAACCUGUUCAGCCGCAAAGUAUUAUGGCAGUCAUAUUAACUGUGGUGUGCUUUAUGCUGGAGCAUAUCCAGAGUCCGCUGGAACAAGGAAGCAUCACAGGAGCAACAAGUAUUUUUUCGAAUAAACUUACUUUUAUUUUUUUAACAGGUCCCUUCACAGAUGUCGUCACUACAAAUCUUAAGCUACGAAACCCAUCAGAUAGAAAAGUAUGUUUCAAAGUGAAAACCACAGCGCCUCGUCGAUACUGUGUGCGGCCCAACAGUGGGAUUAUUGAUCCAGGAUCAUCUGUAACUGUUUCAGUAAUGUUACAGCCUUUUGACUAUGACCCAAAUGAGAAGAGUAAACACAAGUUCAUGGUACAGACAAUCUUUGCACCAUCAAACACUUCAGACAUGGAGGCAGUGUGGAAAGAGGCAAAACCAGAUGAACUAAUGGAUUCUAAAUUGAGAUGUGUGUUUGAAAUGCCCAAUGAAAAUGAUAAACUGCAGCGUGGGGUUGCAGAACCUAAUCCUUUAGCCGCUGGUUUAGUCACUCCCUUAAAUCUUGCACUGAGAAAUCUGCCGAGUACUGAGGGUAUGGCUCACCUGCCACCUCAGGAAUUACCUACACCAGGAUACAAGUAUUUCACUCCAGUGAGCAGCAACUUUCUUCAGACACCUGUCAGUUAUAGCCAGAAGAUUGACAUGAAGGAACCAAUCAGUGAGGUCAGACAGCAGAUGAAGCAGAACGAUAUAGAAGCAAGUAAAUCUGCCCCAGUCCUGAAUACAGCUAAACAGGAUGGACCGAUGCCAAAACCACAUAGUGUGUCUCUUAAUGAUACUGAAACAAGGAAACUAAUGGAAGAGUGCAAAAGACUUCAGGCUGAUAUUAUGAAACUGUCAGAUGAAAAUCGACACCUGAGAGAGGAUAACUUGAGGUUCAGAAAGGUUGCACACUCCGAUAAAUCUGGAUCACCCACAGCCUUGACCCUCAGAGAUAAUGGUUCCAAUCCUCUUCCUUCGCUUCUUGUUGUAAUUGCAGCCAUUUUCAUUGGAUUCUUUCUAGGGAAAUUCAUCUUGUAGAGCGAAGCAUGCAGAAUGCGGCUUCCUUUUUUUCCCUUGGCCAGAAAAAUUUGUUUACCUACCACUUCAUUGGUAGUAUGGCCCAAGUGACCAUUUUUGUGUACAGCAUCAUACAGGCUUUGCCUUUAAUGAUCUCUCACGGUUAGAAAACACAAUUUUAAAAAAAGACAAACUGUUCGGCUACUGGACAAAAAUUGUACAUUAAAUCAUCAAUAGCAGGUGUGAGUUGCACAUUCAGUCCUUUAUGAAAAUUCAUAAAUAAAGAAGCGUUCUUUCUUUCUGUGGUUUUAAUAAGAGUUCAAAAAUUGUUCAGAGUCUUGUAAAUGUUAUUUUAAUAAUCCUUUAAAAUUUUAUCUGUUGCUGUUACCUCUUGAAAAAUGAUUCAUUAGAUUGUUAAUCCCAUUCAUUCAGGAAUAUGACAAGAGGUUUUCUGCGGGAAAUGGUGCCUCUUAACUGUAAAUUUACUCCUUUACCUUAUUUUGCUAAUAUCAUGGCAGAAUUUCUCUCUUAUCCCUUGUGAGGCAGUUACUGGCAAUUUUUCAUCCUUACAAUCCUGUCCCAUGGUAUUUAACAUUAAAACAGAAAUAAAAUUAACAGAUUUUCUGCUGGGUAGCCUGUCGUGUGUGUCAUACUUUUAGAGGGAUUCCUAACAAGUUUAUUGUUCAUGGUAAUUUGCUAUUUGUAAGAAAUGGAUGUUUUCCAAUUUACUUUAAGUUUUUGGCUUAGACUGUUGUAUUUGAAGCUUGAGAAAACGUAUUCCCAUUCGAUUUAUGAAGUGCUGAAUAGUUUUAUAGCUGCUUUCAGCUAUAGAAAAGCUAAUUAUCAAAUUUAUUUUGAGACCUAGAAAUAAUUUGGGUAUCCAGCAGGUAUAAAUAUUGGGAGACAAAUGUUUGAAGUUUCUGGUAUUUAAAUAUUUACUUGGAUUGUCUGGGUGUAUUACAGUCAACCUUCUGUUGCAUCUUUGCGUUUGUUGGGUGUCUAACGGGGCAAAUUUUCCUUUGGUUUCAGAAAGGGUAAAUCAUUCACGUUUUCUAAUCUUUCAGUUCUCUUUGCAACUCCAUUUUAACUGAUUCUUAAAUACAUUUUUUUCUAUUCAAAUACCCAUAAUGAAUUUCCAUGAUGCAUUAGAGUUGAUAUUUGCUGACCAAGCCUCCAAUUAUUUAACUUCCAAAAGUUAAAAGAAAAAACACAAACUUUUCAUGCAACUCUUAGCAAAUUUACCUGUGCUAUUAAUCAUGUGUAUCUAAGUUUUAAAGAAUGCAUUUAUUGGGUCUGAAAUGCUUCCCUGCACUUAAUCUUAUGUCUUGUCUCAUUUCUGAUAUACAGGUCAUAAACCAAGUAGAUAGUAGUAUUGAAACAAAAUAUAUCCAUAAUUCUGACUCAGCAUAAUCUAGCACAGGAAAUUACUUGUAAACUGACAAAUUCUGGAAAAGAGAUACUUCUGUAUGCAAAAUUGUGCAUGUACUUGGACAACUUGACUUGAUGUGGUGCAGCUAAGUGUGUUAGACCUUGUGUGUACACACAUUGUUUAGCUGAGAAAAAUUAUCUAGGAAAAACACUCAUUAUCUUCAUUGCCUUUGAUUUCUAGUGAUUUUUAAUGAACUAAUAUACUUACAUCAUGAUUUGUCAUUGCUGUCUGUAGUAAACUUCUAUGAAAAAAAAUCUUGCAUAUGUACAAGGAAGACAACAAAGAAAAUACAAAUAUUACUUACCUUUUCACUUAAACGCAUGCAAGUACAGAUGUAUCCAUUUGUAUGUUCCAGUAUCUGCAUUCAAGCCUCCUUUCAGGUUAAUGACUAGAAAAAACAUUCUGAAACCUUGAUUAUUUUGUUUUCCUUGGUUCAGAAACCAAUACAAUUCUCCAACUUAUGCUCUGUCAAAAUGGUGAUAUAUCUGACUGUAUAAACCUGUUUCUUAAAGGAAAGCUGACAACAUGUAAACUAAAAAAAAGCUAUAGUGUGCAGGAUGUAGUUUGCUUCAAACAAAGCAAUCAUAUACUAGUUUAUGUAAAGAAUUGUAAUAAUGCCCAGCAUUUUCAGCAUUGUUAGAGCAGAAAAAGUCAUUUCUUAAUACAGUCAAUUUUUGUUGGAUGUUUGGCAUCAGUACUUUAGAAUGGGAAAGGAUACAUGUAUUGAGAUAAAAUGAUUAUAAAAUCAGCUAGCUGAUUAAUAUGAUUUUUUUUAUAAAUAUGAAGUAGAUGGAAAUUGGUAUGGUUGGAGUAAUAUGUGCAGACUAAAAGUGCACACAGGCACCAUAACUAAUAUACAUAACAUGAGGUGCUCCUGAUAUAAGGAGACUCUUUUGGUUUCCGGUAUCCUUCAUAGCUGUAUAUAAAAUGUAAUGCUAAAAUUUAUUUUGCUCUCAGGAGUGUCUUUGGAUGAGAUCAACUGUAUUCAGUGAAUUAUGUAAUAUGGAUUAAAUUGUU